CCAAGUUAAAAGGAAGUUGUUAACUUCUCUCUCCCUUCCCAUCAUCCCCCCAGGCCCCAGCUACGUUAGCACCGUCACCUUCCGCCGAAAACAGGCAAUAAUAUCUCUUCAUUAAUUUAGCCAUGCCUCUUAACUUGAUAGCAACGAAACCAGAACAUGGCAUCAGUAGUGGCCCAUUGGAGGCUCUGUCAGAGACGCCUGAGCCCCACAACAGUGCUAUGCUUGCGUUUCCAAUACAACGCAACUCACAACCUCCUGUCAGACUCACCACUUUGUAUCCUAUAACUAUGAAGUUUGAAGAGAUCGUGUACAAGGUGAAGUUGGAGCAGAAAGGAUCAUGCUGGGGUGGAUGGAUCACACGAGAAAAGACCAUACUCAAUGGCAUCUCAGGUGUUGUUUAUCCAGGAGAAAUACUAGCAAUGUUAGGUCCAUCAGGAAGUGGUAAAACCACCCUCCUUACUGCUCUUGGAGGCCGCCUCACUGGCAAGCUAUCCGGAAAGAUCACAUACAAUGGUCAGCCAUUUUGUGGUGCCAUAAAGCGAAGAGCAGGAUUCGUGGCUCAGGAUGAUGUUUUGUACCCUCAUCUCACGGUGACCGAGACCCUUUUAUUCACUGCACUGUUAAGGCUACCCAACAGUUUGAGCCGAGAUGAGAAAGUCCAACAUGUGGAGAGAGUUAUCGCUGAGCUGGGACUAACGAGGUGCCGAAACAGCAUGAUUGGAGGGCCACUAUUUAGAGGAAUAUCGGGUGGGGAGAAGAAGAGAGUUAGCAUAGGCCAGGAAAUGCUAAUCAAUCCAAGUUUACUUUUGCUAGAUGAGCCCACCUCAGGUUUGGACUCAACCACAGCACAACGGAUCCUGACCACAAUCAAACGCCUGGCUAGUGGGGGCAGAACUGUAGUCACCACCAUUCAUCAGCCCUCUAGUCGACUCUAUCACAUGUUUGACAAGGUUGUUUUGCUCUCUGAGGGCUCCCCCAUCUACUACGGUUCAGCAUCUGCAGCCCUGGAAUAUUUUUCCUCCAUUGGAUUUUCUACAUCCAUGACCGUUAAUCCAGCUGAUCUCUUACUUGAUCUUGCUAACGGAAUUGGACCUGAUUUUAUACACUCAGUGGAGCAAGUUGAGAGUACAGAACAAGAACAGAAAUCGGUGAAAGAUGCUCUUAUAUCUGCCUACGAGAAAAACAUUUCCACAAGACUGAAAGCCGAGCUUUGCAAUUCAGAUGUCAAUAGCGGCAUGAAUGCAAAAGAACCAUCUGCAAGGAAUGACAAAUCAGAACAGUGGUGCACAAGUUGGUGGCAUCAGUUCAAGGUGCUGCUCCAAAGAGGGGUUAGAGAAAGGAGGUACAAAGCCUUCAACAGGCUAAGAAUUUUACAAGUCAUCAGUGUCGCCGUACUGGGUGGACUACUAUGGUGGCAUACCCCAGCUUCUCACAUCUCAGACCGCAUAGCGCUGCUGUUUUUCUUCUCCGUCUUCUGGGGAUUCUAUCCACUCUACAAUGCGGUAUUCACAUUUCCACAAGAAAGAAGAAUACUAAUCAAGGAACGAUCAUCUGGGAUGUACCGCCUUUCAUCUUACUUCCUGGCUAGAACAUUCGGUGAUCUACCACUGGAGCUUGCGCUUCCAACAGCCUUCGUCUUCAUAAUCUAUUGGAUGGGUGGUCUUAAACCUGAUCCUGUUACCUUCAUCUUAUCCCUGCUAGUGGUGCUUUACAAUGUGCUGGUCUCUCAAAGUCUAGGCUUAGCCAUUGGGGCUAUUCUCAUGGACGUUAAACAGGCCACUACAUUAGCUUCUGUAACAACUCUUGUUUUCCUCAUAGCUGGGGGAUACUAUGUUCAACAAAUCCCGGCUUUCAUAGUGUGGCUAAAGUACUUGAGUUAUAGCUACUAUUGCUACAAGCUUCUGCUUGGAGUUCAGUACAAAGAGGAUGAUUAUUACGAGUGCUCAAAGGGAGUGUGGUGUAGGGUCGGGGAUCUUCCUGCCAUCAAAUCAAUGGGUCUGAGUCACAUGUGGAUAGAUGUGUCUAUUAUGGCACUCAUGCUGGUCGGCUAUCGACUCAUCGCUUAUAUGGCUCUUCAUCGAGUGCGGUUGAGGUAAAAUCAGACGGGACUGUUGGAAGAGUUUUGAUCAUCAUCAUCAUCAUCAUCAUCCCUUUGAGACCAUAUGUAUCACUUUAAAAAAAAAAAUCUUUUUGGCCAUAGUUUUAGGUAAUUUGAGAUUGGCAUUCAAACUAUUUUAAAUAAAUUGAAUGUCGUAUA